UCAUCCCAUAGCUGUCAUCCUGAGCAGUGUUGAGACGACGGCUCAAUCCCUAAACGCCCGGAUGAGAGCAGCAGGCGACGUUCAUGGCAACAUGGUCGCAUGAGUCGGCCGAGUAGAGGGCAACCAUUCCGGAGGGACGACAGCCACUGCUGGAAUCUGUGACAUUUUCGACGCAACCCACGGAGAGCCGUUCUGGGAAAAUACAAGCAGAGAUAGAGGCGUGGAGGCGGAGAGGAACAGCACAUUUCCCCCUCUUGUGGUGUCCUAUUUCGUUUGUGAAGGAUCGUGCAGACACACCGUCUCACACUAAGCUAUGGAAUGCUCCCUGCACCCACCAUCACUAGUCUCCAAUCUUUGGACUGAGCUCCAAACGCUUAGUUAGCGGCUGUGCUUCUCCCCUUGAACUCUUUAUAACCAGGGGACGAAGAAAAGGAGCGGACUUACCUUAAGUCCUCCGCUAAAAGCGCACAGAGCACCUCUUUUUGAAAAAUAGAAUAUUUAAGCUAUUUUUUGUUGUUUUUCUUCGCUUGGAUUUUUUUCUGGUGAAAUCAUAUCAAGAUGGAUCUGGAGGGGUAUCUGUGGAUGGUCAUCCUUGGCUUCGUCAUUGCCUUCAUAUUGGCCUUUUCAGUGGGCGCAAACGAUGUGGCCAAUUCUUUUGGCACGGCGGUGGGGUCCGGCGUGGUCACGUUGAAGCAGGCCUGCAUCCUGGCAUCUAUCUUUGAGACGCUGGGCUCGAUGCUGCUAGGGGCCAAAGUGGGCGAGACGAUCCGAAAGGGCAUCAUAGAUGUCAACCUGUACAACGAAACGGUGCCCGUACUCAUGGCCGGGGAGGUCAGCGCCAUGGUCGGGUCAGCCGUCUGGCAGCUAAUCGCCUCCUUCCUCAAACUGCCCAUCUCUGGGACUCACUGCAUUGUUGGUGCCACCAUCGGCUUCUCCAUGGUGGCCAUCGGCACCAAGGGCGUGCAGUGGAUGCAGCUUGUCAAGAUUGUGUCGUCAUGGUUCAUCUCCCCCCUGCUCUCUGGACUCAUGUCUGGACUCCUCUUUCUGCUCAUCAGACACUUCAUCCUCAACAAGGAUGACUCUGUUCCCAACGGCAUGCGAGCGCUGCCCCUCUUCUACGCCUCUACUAUUGGGAUCAACACGUUCUCCAUCAUGUACACUGGAGCCCCAUUGCUUGGGUUGGAGAUGCUACCUGUGUGGGCCAUCUUUCUCAUCACUUUAGCUGGCGCGCUGAUAUGUGCGGGUGUCGUCUGGUUUUUCGUCUGCCCCUGGAUGAGGAGGAAAAUAGCAAGUCGUCUAAAGAAGGAGCAGGCUCUAUCCAGGAUAUCUGAUGAGAGUCUGGACAAGAUACCUGAAGAGGAGGAGGAGAGCCCCGUCUUCAAGGAGCUACCGGGGGCCAAGGGCACAGAUGAGGCUGUGGUGCCGCUCACAGGGGGCAGCGGUGAUCGGAGCACUCGUGACUCCAGUGGAGAGCUCACCAACCUGGCUAACGGAGGCAACGUCCUGCCAAAUGGCAGGGUCUACGGCCGGACCCACUCGAUGACCAACGGUUGCCUCAAGUCACCCAUCUCCAAUGGCAGCUUCAGCUUUGAUGGCCACAUGCGCAGCGAUGGCCAGGUGUACCACACAGUGCACAAAGACUCAGGUCUGUACAAAGACCUGCUUCACAAAAUCCACCUGGGCCGCAUGGAUGACAGCGACCGCUCGGGCUCCAACGCCGGCCCGCCGGACAACAACUACCGCCUGCUGCGGCGCAACAACAGCUACACCUGCUACACAGCAGCUAUAUGUGGCAUGCCCGUCCAACCACUCAUUCGCACGGAGUCACGCGAUGACAGUGAAAAGCUGGUGGGAGAGGGCGGAGGCGGCAGGAGCAACAGCGUGUCCUACUCUAAGAAGAGGGUGCGAUACGACAGCUACUCCUCGUACUGUAACGCCGUGGCGGAGGCUGAGAUCGAGGCGGAGGAGGGUGGGGUGGAGAUGAAGCUGGCCACGGAGCUGGAGGGCGUGGACGAAGAAGGGGCUCCAGCUCCGAUGCCUCUGGACGACCUCGCUGAGGAGGAUCACGAGGAGAAGGAUAAACCAGAAGUGUUCCUGCUUUUCCACUUCCUGCAGAUCCUCACCGCCUGCUUCGGCUCCUUCGCUCACGGAGGCAACGAUGUCAGUAAUGCCAUCGGGCCCCUGGUGGCGCUGUGGAUGAUCUACGAUCAGGGCGGUGUGAUGCAGGACGCCGCCACUCCCAUCUGGCUGCUGUUUUACGGUGGCAUCGGCAUCUGCGCUGGCUUGUGGGUGUGGGGCCGCCGCGUCAUCCAGACUAUGGGGAAAGACCUGACUCCCAUCACCCCCUCAAGCGGAUUUUGCAUUGAAGUAAUGAGUGCGCUAACAGUGCUUGUUGCAUCAAAUGUGGGCAUCCCAAUAAGCUCCACCCACUGCAAGGUGGGCUCGGUCGUGGCUGUCGGUUGGAUCCGCUCCCAGAAAGCGGUGGACUGGCGCCUCUUCAGGAACAUCUUCCUGGCGUGGUUCGUCACGGUGCCCGUGGCCGGCCUGUUCAGCGCCGCCGUCAUGGCCCUGUUCGUCUACGGCAUCCUGCCCUACGUGUGAGGGCGCACGGCUGGGAGGGAGAACAGAGGAGGAAGAGAGAGUCGUAGAAAGAGAGACAGAGAGGGAAACUUGGGUAAAAAUCACAGCUCAAGUGUCAGGGGUGCAGAUAAAAGAGGAGGAAAUAAAGAGAGGAGGAAGAGAAGGAAAGGAAGCAGCAGAGGUUUACAGAUGGACUUGGUUGUACUGUGGAUGUGAGGAGGGUUGGUUCAUAUGCUGCCUGGCUCCGUAGUCCAGAGAUCUUUUUUGACUCAUUUGAGUUUCUGAUCGGUUUUUAUUUAUUCUUUUUUUUUUUUUUGGGUGCAUAAGAAAGCGUGUAACCAACGUGUUCACCGUACCAUUCAAUCUGCUGUAAAUAUGACAAUAAUAGGGAGAUUUCCAGUAACUACUAACAACAAUUGUGGUUGUUGGAGAAACCGUGGCGGCCAUUUACUGUCUCUUCAUUAAUCAAAAAAAUAAAAAGACGGCACACGACUGAAAAAAAUCCUGCACAUCUAAACUGCAGUAAAACUCGAUCUUCGUGCCUGCAAACCCAGGUAGCAGUCGGUCAAGUGCUCAUUAAUAUAGUUCCAAAAUGCCAGAAAAAAACCUGUACAUAUUGUUGUAUUAGACUGUGAUUUGUUGUAUCGCGGCUUGCUUUAAAAAAAACAACUAAGAAAAGAUGUGCGUGUGGUAAACCAACCCAUCCAUCAUCUCACUUUGACAUGCUAGCCAGGUACAACUAGGGCCAAAAGGAAAGGACGUCUCAGAGAGGGGUGGUGGGACUGUCACUCUGAUUUUUUUUCUCCACAUGAUACCACAGAAACCUGAUUUGCUAAAGAGUUGAUUUUUGUCAAGAGCUCCCGUAUGUUUUUAGAGAUAGAUCUCAUAUUUUUUAAUGAUGUAAUAUACUGUAAUUUGUACUGUAAAUAAUGUCCUUAAAGAGUUUUGGGGAGGCGGGAUGGGGGGGGGGUCAUGGUUUGUUUUUAACAUAGUAUGGAGUGGGGGGGUGGGGGGCUCGUCACUCCUUCAUGAUGUCAUAUUAUACAGUGUGUUUCCUCCCAGAGAACGCACACUAUGAGCACACACACUUGACAGGCUGCUGUUUUUCCGAGGUUUGCAGAAGUAUAUUGAUUGGAAAUAGUAUUUAAAUUUACAAAGUUAUUAUUCUCAGCAGAGAAAACUGGAGAUAUUUCAUUCCUUCUAGAAGACUUUAUCGCAUCAGUAAAUUCAACACUAUCAGCAGAAAGUUGUUAAAUGUUUAGGUGUGUUUCGAGAGAUUUAAAGUUUUAGAGGUUUAGGUGCAGCAGAAGCCAAAACACUAAAACUGAACAGAGACAAAAGCGCUCAUAUGGUCCCAUAAAACGUUCACAUAUCUUCAUCCGUAUGCCUUUGUUUUCAUAUCUACCACUCAGCUACUGGAGUCAUUUCCUCAUAUUAAAGGCUCCCUGCCAAUGACGGACCUCUGCCCUGUCCACAUCGGGGUCAUUUCAGAUCUCACACCCGUCAGAUUACUUGUCUUAGUCCCAGGGUUGAUCUGUUUCUGUAGCCCUGAACCUCGGUGUCAGCCUUUUGUCACGUCAAGACGGCGAUUCUGUGUCAUAUCAAACACCUUGUAUUUUAACUCAGCCAGUUAUGCAGAGGUGGAACGAUAAAAGGGGAAUCCAACCCCAGCCACACGUGUAGCUCCUCAAACUGUUUGAACUGUAGAAGCAUUUAGUGUAUUGAUCACGUGUGUUUCAAUCAAAGUGCUAAAGGUUAGCUAGUCAUCAUAGGGUCAAGUUUUGGGCUGAAUCGAAGCCCAGCGAGGUCACGAAAAUAUCACAAGACUUUUUGUCUUCGGAUCAUGUUGAAUUAAAGCGUAUGAGGGGGAUAGAACUGAUCAUCACCAGCUUUUUAACAGGGUCACCUGACCUGUAGAUGAACAAAGUCUAAAGCUUUUUUUAUUUGAACAAACUCAAUGCCAGGUGUUGCAAGUUUUUUUUUUGUUGUUCUCGUGGUGUGUUUCCUAAUUUUUUUUUUCUUCUCAUGAACAAAUCUAUGCUUAAGUAGCCACUUGCCUUGUAACAUUGUGUUUUUCUUUUGUGCAGAUACAGUAAAAUAAUUAAGUACUGUGGUGUUUACAUGGUAACCAUAUUGUAGAGUAUCUGAAAAAAAUGUUGCCUAAUGAUGCCAAUGAAAGACAAACUAUUAACCAUGAUUUUUUUUAAAUGCAAGUUAAAAAAAAAUAACCUGAAGUGUCUAGAGAGAGAAAGAGAGCGAGAGCAAGUGUGCAUGCGACGACUCGUUUAUUUUGUCGUAGCAGUCGUGCUAAUCAUGGUCCCGUCACUUUACACUGCUACUGCAAUGCGUUGACGCUACAUGUAUGGGUGCAAUUCAGUAAUGAAGAGAAUGACUUAGAGAAAUUUCAUCCAGACUAUAUAUUUUUCUACCAUAUCUGAGUUUUAACCUGGGUGAGCUUCCAGACACUGUGGAGGACACACUGCGGGGUUGAUGGGGACACUGGAAAACAGGGACUAGUUGUUAUACGAUCACCAUGAUACUGAGAAAACGGUCUUAUUACAGGAGAGUCUCGCCUCGCUGGUGCCAUGUGCCACACUUCCUCCCAGCCCAGUGUGUUCUUCUAACAUGUAGAUUGACGUGUCGGUUGCCAAUAGAUCAGAUUUUUAAAUUUACCAUUUUUAUUUUUGAAUUUUAGAUGAAAACACUUUGUAAUUUUGUUUCCCUACUGCUUUUGAUCAUGAGCUGUGACGGCAUCUUGCUAAAACCAGGACGACUGCUCGCCGAAGCAAAAAAAUCUCUACUCUCUACUAUGUAGUAGUCGAGAAACUUAAAUCUUAAACUCGGUAAUGGAUAACUGGACUGUGAGGACAUUUGUUUCCUUGUUCUGGCAGGUAACCACUCUUGAAGCUCGUACCCUUUCAUUCUUCCAUGAGGUGUGUGUCACACAGGGGGCUGCACAGAGCUGGUGUGUUCAAAUUCUCUUUGUGCACUCUGCACAAUGCUGUAGGAAGUCAAUCAGAUGUUUCACUAUUGUCAUAAAAGCAAGCUAAUGUAACUGCUAACAUCUGUAUAAAAGAGAUCACCUGAUGGAGAAAAAAACUUUCAGAUUAGCUUCUGUUCCACUAGCUUUAAAUCCUCAGUGUUUUGCCAUAGAGAGUUUUUAUAUUGGUCUCAAAAAAAAAGCUGAUGGUUAUUUUGUUCAUAUUCUAAUAUAAAGAAGCAUGUAACACUAUUAGUAACAUUUGAGCACCAUGUCAUUUAUCCAAGAUUAAACAAUUAUUUUGUUAGCAUGUAAUAAGUAGUUAAACCGUUGUUGUCGAGUGCUAAGAAAAUAAUGUUAGUAAUCAUAUUUCAGCUGGUGAAAGCUGCUCUAUGGCAAAUGAUAAGAUCUGUCUGCAGCUGGUGGAUGUUUGUUUCUCUUGUGUUUAGUUAAGCAAACAGUUACAUGAGACACUUUCCUCAUGUUGGAUUAUGAGUUUUGCUGGACUGAGGUCAAACAUCUGGUUUGUUCUGUAUCACCAGGCUCUGCUUCCCCUUCUGUAACUCACACUGUCAUCUUUUUAUGUUUUUUCAUGCAUUCUCAGUCCUGAUAGGCCAAAAGGGACGCACUGCUCAAGACAGGGAGGAAAGGUGAAAACCGCCUUCUGGUGACGGCGUUAAACAUAUCUGUACAAUAGUUUAAAUUCUCUCAUGUUAAAUUUUAAUUAAAGCAGCUAAUGCUACAUGGAAAAUGUUAAAGUGGGAUUAACUAUAUAUUAAAGCCCCUGAAAACUUGGUUUCAAAUUUGACAUAUUUUUGUAUAUUAUUAAAUAUUAAUAAAGCCCAUUUUUUGUUGUGUUCACGUCAAACGCAAAGCCAGUUUUUGUGUGGUGCGUUUACAUACAAAGAAACUAAGUUGUACUAUUCUCGCAAGUCAAAUUUUUUUCAAACUUGAGCCACAAAGCCCAUCGGCGUUAAGAUUUUCCUGCUUAGCAUAGAAUUGUCCUGAUUGAGCCAAACUCCAUUCAGAAAACAAGCAUUUUAAAAGUUGUUUGCUUGUUGUCUUGCAGAUGUGUAAAAACGUGUUAAUUCAUUCUUUCAGGCCUGUCUGGAUCAGGAUGUAAAGAUUUUGGCAUCCUUUUGAUUUGUUCGUUAUUUAAUCACAGCAAAGUCUGCUUGUUUUGGGUUCAAACCGCUGUAGUAGCGGUUCAUGGAGAAGGCGGAGAAAUUAACAGAACUGUGUGCUCCUCAAGAUGAUGUUAUGAACUGAUUAGACCAUAACCUAUAUGUGGGACUUCCACAACUGGUAAAAAGCAGCAAUCGAAGAAAUUUAAGCCAUGAUUGAUGGUAGAAAUAAAUUUAUAUCUACACUGUCAUGGGAAUAAACAAACCUGAUCAAACUGAAAAAUAGGGUGAACAUUAGCUUUGCAUUUGAAGUGAACACAACAUUGAAAUUGAAGUUAGCACUCACCUUUUCCAACAAAAGAGCCACGCCCACUUCAGAAAUCUGUCAUGUGAAAUAACCAAAACUUUGGCAGAAAAUAGUGUGUUUAUAUAAGACAAUCACUCAUAGCAGAAUCUGAUUUUUUUUUUUUUGGGG